AUGUCGGCCAUAUACUCAGAAGCCCAAGUCGCCAAGUUUCUGAAGCAUAUCCAAGUACCACAGGAGUUCUAUGUGGGCAACGAGCCUAUCCUUGACCAUGCCUUUCUCACUGUGCUGCAUCAGCACAUGAUUGCAACGGUACCAUAUGAGAAUAUGACGCUGCAUUACUCGUCACAUCGCAAUGUUGUUCUCGAGCCUCAGGCUCUGUAUCAGAAAAUUGUGGUCGAUGGGCGUGGAAGAGGAGGUUAUUGCAUGGAGAGCAAUUUGUUCUUCUGUUAUAUGCUUCGAGCUCUUGGUUUCCAGGUGUACCCCGUUGGUGUGCGAGUCCGUCUUCGCAAGGACGGUAUUCCCCAUGGCGGCUAUCCCGGGUGGGUUCACAUUGUCAACAUCGUGACACUACCUGACAACUCGCGCUGGGUUAUCGAUGCUUCUUUUGGCGGUGAUGGCCCUACCCGGCCCAUGCCUCUGAUCGAGGGUGCUGAGUGGCGCAACAUGGGCACUCAGGAUGCCCGUCUCAUCAAGGACUUCAUCCCCGGUCAAACAGAGCUCACAUCUGGUCGCCGUCUCUGGAUCUACCAAUGCCGCAACUCUCCCGAUCAGAGCUGGAACAGCUUCUACUCUUUUAGUCACUCUGUCGAAUGGCUUCCCGCCGAUUUCGAGAUUGCCAACUGCUAUACGGGCACAAGUCCUCGAAGUUUCCAGACACAUACCGUGCUUGUCGUGAAAUUCAUGUUGAGGGAGAGCAAGACAUCGACGACAGGCGAAGAGAUUUAUGGAAAGCGUAUGUUGAUUAAUGAUGUGGUCAAGGAGAACCCUGGAGGUAAGACGAUAGUGCUGAAGGAGUUAAAGACGGAGGAUGAGAGAGUAGAGGCACUGAAGGAAUAUUUUGGGAUUGGUUUGACGGCGGAAGAAAGAGAAGCUAUCAAGGGCUUCCAAACUGAGAUUAAGAGCGAGUAG